AUGGAAGAUUGCAAGCCGGUAGCCACUCCAGCAGAACCAGGAGUCAAAUUAAGUGUGAAUUCAACAAGAGAGCAAGUGAAUCCGACGUUGUUCAAAAGCAUAGUUGGAAGUCUAAGGUCUGACUAUCACACGACCAGACAUAAUAUACGCUGUGGGAUUGGUAAGCAGAUCAUGGAGCAUCCGAAACAGAUCAUUGGAGUGCAGCAAAAAGAAUCCUCAGAUAUGUCAAAGGAUCCUGGAAAUGUGUUGGCAACCAAUUGGUCAUCUUCUACUCCUGUUUGCAAUUGGUUUGGUGUCAGCUGCGGAUCCAACCACCGCAAAGUCACAGCUCUAAACCUUACUGGUUUGGGAUUUGUAGGCACCCUUCCACCCCACUUAGGAAAUUUAUCAUUCCUUUCUCUUCUUUCAAUCAAAGAUAACAGUUUUCAGAUUACCAGUCCAGUUAUCAAAUUUGCACCGGAUGAAACAUAUAGACUUGGGAUACUUGCAAAAGCUGGAGGAGUUGAGCUUGAUCCUGGAAAUGUGUUGGCAACCAAUUGGUCAUCUUCUACUCCUGUUUGCAAUUGGUUUGGUGUCAGCUGCGGAUCCAACCACCGCAGAGUCACAGCUCUAAACCUUACUGGUUUGGGAUUUGUAGGCACCCUUCCACCCCACUUAGGAAAUUUAUCAUUCCUUUCUCUUCUUUCAAUCAAAGAUAACGGUUUUCAUGGCAGAAUACCAGUCCAGUUAUCAAAUUUGCACCGGAUGAAACAUAUAGACUUGGGUAACAACAGCUUCAGUGGAGAAAUCCCAUCGUGGUUAGGAUCACUAACUCAACUUCAGGUGUUGCGUCUGUACUACAAUAACUUCAAUGGUGUUAUCCCAUUCUCUUUAGGAUACUUGCAAAAGCUGGAGGAGUUGAGCUUGUAUGGAAACAAGCUUUCGGGUUCAAUACCCUCCUUCGUCUUCAACAUAUCUUCGUUGAAAGCUAUUGAUGUAGGCAGCAAUAUGUUCACCGGUUCCAUACCCUUUGUUCCAAUCGAUUUGCCUCAGCUUGAAUUCAUCAAUUUCUACGUCAAUAAUCUCACUGGUCAUUUUCCAGACGAUAUGUUUGAUCGUCUUCCGAAUUUGAAAGAUUUGUACUUGAGUAAUAACAUGCUUUCAGGAAGAAUUCCAGCUAGUUUAUUCAAGUGCACAAAAUUACGAAGUUUAUCCUUAUCAGAUAACCACUUGGAGGGGGGUCUACCUGUAGAAAUUGGGAAUUUGAGCAUGCUUCAAUUCCUCUCUAUUGCUAAGAACCACUUUCAAGGUGAAAUUCCAAAACAAAUUAUGAAUUUAACUCUUCUUAGUGAGUUUGAUUGUUCCCGUAACAACUUUACAGGUACAAUACCAGAACAGAUUGGCAACCUAAAGAAUCUGGAAUUUUUGAGUGCGGGAGACAAUAAUUUUGUCGGUCAAAUUCCUCCCGUUAUGUUUAAUAUGUCGACUCUGUCUACCAUUUCUUUUGAAAGUAAUCAGCUCUCGGGCAGUCUUCCAUCAAACACGGGGCUUUGGCUUCCCAACCUGGAGGAGUUAUAUCUUGCAAAUAAUCGACUCGUUGGUCCAUUCCCAAUGUCCAUUUCCAAUGCCUCUCAGCUUACUAUUCUUGACAUUUCUGAUAAUUUAUUUUCAGGGUCCAUCCCCGACACUCUUGGAAAUCUGAGAAAUUUAAAGAGACUCAACUUGGAUGUUAAUAAUCUAACUUCUUCAAGAUUGAGCUUUCUUUCUUCUUUGACAAGUUGCAGAGGCUUGGAAAUCUUGGACUUCAGCGACAACGUAUUGAUCAGCGGUGAACUUCCAGGUUUGGUCGGAAAUCUCUCGGAUUCUUUUCAGAGAUUCUCUGCUUCAAAGUGCAACAUCAGUGGCAGCAUCCCGAGUGGAUUUGGCAACUUGAGUCACUUGAUAGACAUAAAGUUUGAUGACAAUAAAUUGACAGGGAUGAUUCCUACUACCAUCGGAGGAUUAAAAGAGCUGCAAAGUCUUUCUCUUGGGGACAAUCAGUUAGAAGGACCAUUCCCAUCUGAGUUAUGUCAGCUAAACAAGUUGGGAUUCUUGGUCUUUUCGAACAACAAAUUGUCUGGAUCGAUACCUACUUGCUUGGGUAAUCUCAUUUCCUUGAGACAAAUACUCCUUGGCUCUAAUAUGUUUUCUUCUUCAAUACCUUCAACCUUGACAGGGCUUACUAAUCUCCUGAUCCUGAACUUAUCUUCAAAAUUCUCUCACUGGUCCUCUUCCAAUUGA